AUGCCAACUGACUUUCAAGUACCUCAACAUACCACCGCUGAGCCAUUCAUGCUGGAUACUACUAUGCAAGGGAAGGUGGAAAUGGGUGAAUCUUCCGCCCCAAUGGAUAAAAACUUGUUGAAAAGAUUGAAUAAAUUUGAUGAAUUCAUGAGAAAAAGCCAAGGAAUGAGCAAGCCUGGAGGCUUAGACUAUGAUGAACUAUGUCUUUUUCCAGAUAUGCAAUUGUCUUUGGGUUUUAAAACACCCAAAUUUAGUAAAUAUGAUGGAACUGGCAACCCCAAAACGCAUCUUAGACUAUUUGCAAACAAGUUGGGACAGCCAGUAAGUGAUGAAAAUUUGCCUAUACGUUUAUUCCCAAAGAGUUUGGAGGGAGAUGCUCUAGACUGGUAUUCUAAUUUGAAGCCUGAAGAAAUGAAAACAUGGUUGGAUUUGUCAACCGCCUUCGUGAGACAAUACGAGUACAAUUGUGAACUUGCUCCCACAAGAACCACACUUGAAGGCACUAAAAAAAAACCAUCUGAAGAUCAUAAGAUAUAUGUCAAGCAAUGGCGAAAAAUGGCAGCUAAGGUGGAACCUCCGAUGACUGAAGAGGAAAUUGUCCGUACUUUUAUUAAGGCACAUGAUCCACCAUAUUUUGAGGAGAUUUUUCACAUGAUCGGGUGUUCAUUUGUGGCAAUUAUCAAUAAGUUGGAGGAAUAUGAUGAAUAUGUCAGGGCAGAAAAAAUCGUCAAUGUAUCAGUUUUAAAAUCACAAUUGGACGCCUUGUAA